AUGUAUCCGGUACUUGCUGUAGCUAAUCGUAUCUACGUAUCAAAUUAUCAAGCACAUCCGUUGUUGACUCUAGCGAGUAUCAAUGCAGUAUUAGCUGGCCUGGCGGAUACGUUGGCUCAGUCGAUUACUCUGUAUAGAUCUCGAGAAGUAAAGAGCGAGAGACACAACGUAUUCGUCGAUAGUUAUGAGCGAGAACGGCCUAAUAAUGACGAGAUGUCAAUCGGAAACGUUCGAAUACCCCUGGACGCAACCAACAGAUCCUUUGAUCCAUAUAGACUCAUGCGGUUGUCAACGUACGGCUUUGCCAUAGCUCCUAUUAUUCAACAAUGGUUUUUGGUACUUGACCGACGAUUUCCCAUUCCGACGCAAAACAUUGGGUUGACGUCUACGAUAAAGCACACAAUGAGCGCAGUCGCUAAGCGCGUUGUCGUUGAUCAGAUAUGUUUUGCUCCUUUUGGGCUGGCCUUCUUCUUUUGUGCGAUGGGAGCUAUGGAAGGUCAUAGCGUCGAUAAGAUCAAAGAGAAGUUUAGAGUAUCAUUUGUUCCCGCUCUGAAAGCCAACUAUUGUGUAUGGCCUCUUGUGCAGGUUGUUAAUUUCAGAUUUAUGCCGUUGAGAUAUAGAGUACCUUUUACUGGCGUAAUGGGGGUUUUAUGGACAGGAUAUCUAAGUUUGUUAAAUAGUACGACUAGUGUUCAUUAA